GUCACUGCGAAGCCCCGUCCAUCCCGGCAAGAGCCUCUCCUGUACCUUCACUUUCCCCGCCCCCCUCAGUGCCAGUCUGCCUUGACUUUGUGGCCACCCAGACUUCUGGCCUUGGUCCACCCGCUGUUGAAUUUGCCAUCCCGUGGCUCCUGCACCCGCUAAACAGCAAGAAAGCGCAGCACAAACUGCAGAAAUCCUGGUCACCCUCAGACAAAACAAAAAAUGUUGGAAACACUCAGCUGGUCAGAUAUAUGCCGGGUAUGUCGGUCAGAAGGGACACCAGACAAACCACUUUACCAUCCUUGUGUGUGCACUGGUAGUAUCAAGUUUAUACAUCAAGAGUGUUUAGUUCAGUGGCUCAAACACAGCAGAAAAGAAUACUGUGAACUAUGCAAACACAGAUUUGCUUUCACACCAAUUUAUUCUCCAGAUAUGCCAUCUAGACUUCCAAUUCAGGAUAUUUUUGCAGGAUUGGUUACAAGUAUUGGUACAGCAAUAAGAUACUGGUUCCAUUACACGUUGGUGGCCUUUGCAUGGCUGGGAGUUGUACCUCUCACAGCAUGCCGUAUCUACAAAUGCUUGUUUACUGGCUCUGUGAGCUCACUGUUGACACUGCCACUAGAUAUGUUAUCCACGGAGAAUCUGCUGGCAGACUCUUUGCAAGGCUGUUUUGUGGUAACAUGCACACUGUGUGCGUUCAUUAGCCUCGUCUGGUUACGAGAACAGAUCGUGCACGGUGGAGCUCCACAGUGGUUAGAACAAAAUCAGGCCCAACCUCCCAAUGGAGUUGGACAACAGAAUGAGGCUGCAGCUGCUCCAAAUGCCGCAGCUGAGAAUCCCCAAGUUGCUCAACCAGCCAACCAAGCAGCAGAAAACCCAGCAGCAGCUGCUGGGGACGCCCCUGUAGCAGCUGAGAAUGCCAACGUUCGGGUAGAUGAGGGUGAGAAUGAGGAUGAUGAGAAUGAUGAUGAAGAUGAUGCUGUGGUAGAAGACGGUGCUGAUGCCAACAAUGGCGCUCAAGAUGAUAUGAACUGGAAUGCAUUGGAAUGGGACAGAGCUGCAGAAGAACUUACAUGGGAGCGGAUGCUUGGAUUGGAUGGUUCACUUGUAUUCUUGGAGCAUGUCUUCUGGGUGGUUUCAUUAAAUACACUGUUUAUUCUUGUGUUUGCAUUCUGUCCAUACCAUAUUGGACACUUCUCCGUUGUUGGUUUGGGUUUUGAGGAGUAUGUAAGUACCAAUGAUAUGGUUCAAGCCUCGCACUUUGAAGGUCUGAUAACAACUAUAGUGGGCUAUGUUCUGCUGGCCAUGACUCUAAUAAUCUGUCACGGCUUGGCUGCACUGGUGAAGUUUCAACGAUCUCGACGUUUAUUGGGAGUCUGUUAUAUUGUUGUAAAGGUGUCCUUACUGGUUGUUGUGGAAAUUGGUGUAUUCCCUCUUAUAUGUGGCUGGUGGCUUGACAUUUGUUCACUGGAAAUGUUUGAUGCUACGUUGAAAGACCGAGAAUUGAGUUUCCAGUCCGCACCUGGAACCACGAUGUUCCUACACUGGCUAGUGGGGAUGGUCUAUGUAUUCUACUUUGCAUCUUUCAUUCUUCUACUCAGAGAGGUGUUGAGACCCGGUGUCUUAUGGUUUUUAAGAAAUCUGAAUGAUCCAGAUUUUAAUCCAGUUCAGGAGAUGAUUCAUCUACCUAUUUAUAGGCAUUUCAGACGUUUUAUAUUGUCUGUGAUUGUCUUUGGGUCUAUUGUCCUUCUUAUGCUUUGGUUACCAAUUCGUAUUAUUAAGACUCUGCUCCCUGAUUUUCUACCAUACAAUGUAAUGCUUUACAGUGAUGCUCCAGUCAGUGAGCUCUCUCUGGAGCUUCUGCUACUGCAGGUUGUAUUGCCAGCCUUACUGGAGCAGGGACACACCCGGCAAUGGUUGAAGGGCCUGGUCCGAGCUUGGACUGUCACUGCUGGCUAUUUGUUGGAUCUCCAUUCAUAUUUGCUCGGAGACCAAGAAGAAAAUGAGAACAAUGCCAACCAGCAGGCAAAUAAUAACCAGCAGGCUCGUAAUAACAAUGCCAUUCCUGUAGUAGGGGAAGGACUUCAUGCAGCCCACCAGGCCAUAUUGCAACAGGGUGGGCCUGUGGGCUUUCAACCUUAUCGUAAACCUUUACAGUUUCCUCUUAGGAUUCUGUUGUUGGUAAUUUUCAUGUGUGUGACGUUGUUGAUUGCCAGUCUCAUCUGUCUCACAUUACCAGUUUCAGCAGGUCGUUGGCUUAUGUCAUUUUGGACUGGGAGUGCCAAAAUCCACGAGCUUUAUACAGCCGCCUGUGGAUUAUAUAUCUGCUGGUUGACUAUCCGAGCAAUUACAGUUCUGGCAGCAUGGAUGCCACAAGGGCGAGAUGUUAUUUUUCAGAAACUAAAGGAAUGGUCCCUCAUGAUAGUGAAAACAUUGGUAGUGGCUUUGCUGCUGGCUGGAAUGGUUCCUCUUCUUUUGGGACUCUUGUUUGAACUAGUUAUUGUAGCUCCUUUAAGGGUACCUCUGGAUCAGACACCACUCUUUUACCCAUGGCAGGACUGGGCUCUCGGUGUUCUCCAUGCCAAAAUAAUAGCUGCUAUAACACUGAUGGGACCACAGUGGUGGCUGAAAACUGUUAUUGAACAGGUCUAUGCAAAUGGAAUUCGAAACAUUGAUUUGCAUUUUAUAAUUUGCAAAUUGGCAGCACCAGUUAUUGCAGUGCUGCUGUUAUCACUCUGCCUGCCAUACGUUAUAGCUGCUGGCAUUGUACCCCUACUGGGAGUAACUACUGAGAUGCAGAAUCUAGUCCAGCGUCGCAUUUAUCCUUUGCUUCUAAUGGUGGUGAUAUUGAUGGGAGUCCUCUCCUUCCAAAUCCGCCAAUUCAAACGCCUCUAUGAGCAUAUUAAAAAUGACAAGUAUCUCGUUGGUCAAAGGCUUGUUAACUAUGAGCGACGGACGGGUAAACAAACAAUGACAGCUGCGUCACCUUCUGAGGAGUAGUGGGUGUUAACUGACCCUGCCAUCCCUCUUAUGUGUUUUUUUUUCCCCCCUCUUCUCACUACCCACCCCCCGCCCCAUGCAUUUUUGCUAAUAUCCAGCAAAAGAAAAGCCCAACACCAUCCUGUUUUCCUUCCCAGUGCUUUCUGAUAACUGUAUAUGUGUAAAUAUAAUGAACAUUGAGCCCCUUAAAGAUAAAUGAAUGUGCAUUGUAAAUCUUAAAAUAUGUAUAUUAAUUUAUUAAAUGUAGUCAUCACUUUAUUUGAACUGUUGUCCUACAUUUUGGGAGUGAUGGUGGCACAGAGGCAAUAUAGUGAGGAUGUGUUUGUAAACUUCAUGAGCUCACUUUUUUUAGAAAUGUUCAUACUGGCUGGUGUUUUAAUACUCUGGAAUAAAAAUAAACUCUUUUAAACAGGAAGAGUAAAACAAAACUGCAAAUGAAUGGCAACAAUGGAAGCUCUCCAUAUGAUUUUUUUAUCAACACACAGAAUUCAUAAUAUGGCAAUUGUAAAAUUUACUUGGAACAAAUUCUUUGCGAUCCAUAGUAUUGAAGACCACAGGUGCACUAUACCAGUAUACCAUAAUAUGGCCCAAAAGAAGCUGUAUGUAACUUGAUGCAACCUUUGGCAACAAUGUUUUUUUUCUUAAAACUGCAUAAUAUCUGUUACUGAUAUAACUCCAGAAUGCAAUUCUGAUCUCAUUUUUGGGGAUCUCUUUUGCAGUACCUUGGUUUAACAGGUUGAUUUGCUGUCCUUUUGGCAAUGUGAAGGACAUUGUUAAGGUUGAGGUUUAGACUUAUUGCUCAGGCAAUGUCAGAACACCUAGUUUUUAUGGUGUCUACACUUCAGACAGAUUUCUGCCCAAUUUUUAUUCUAUUUUAUAGCCAUGCCCUUUUUUUGCCCUGUAAAUGCCAAGAAUUAUGAAUGAAUAUCUGUAGUGUUCAGUGAGUUUAUAUUCUGCAGAAACAAUGUUGAGCAAUUAUGACACUGUCUUUGCUGAUUGUGGACUGUGGUGUAUUUUACAAAAGACCAAGUGUAUAAGAGCUAGGUAGAUUUUCAGUCUGAACUUGUGUUUUUCCCCUUAAUUGGUAGUACAUAUGCUGAGAGUGAUUUGUUAGUGCAUCACUUUUAAAAAUGAUUUACUGCUCGAUGAUGAAAACUGAUAUUAUUAGCUAAACCUGGACACUUAAUGCAAUUUUCCUAAAUUUGAUUAUAUCCCUACUUAUUUUGAUAUUUUAUAUAUAUUUUUUAAAAUCUGCAGAAGUAGCAUGUUUACACAAUCUGUACUUUGAUAUGCAAGCUUUACUUUAACUGCAGAUGCUAGUACAAGAAUGGGUUAUAUUAUCAAAAGAUGAUAAAUUAUUUUCAUUAAAAAUAUUGUAUAAUGCAGCUGAUAUUUUACAUUCAUGACUGCAUUUGUGUGCAACCAUAUCCUACAGUAUAACUGCAGUAAAUAUCCAGUUAUAAUGAAAUCUUGCAACACUGACCAGAGUUAAAAUUUCAAAAAUUAAAUGGUCCAUUGAAAAGAUUUAAUCUAAAUUCACUUUAGCUAAGUCAACUUUUGAUUUCCGUAGAUUUAUAUUUAAUGCAGGAUAUGGACAACGGCCAUCUCUUUCUCUGUGUCCUACCCCCAACGCCUUCAGACAUACACAUAAAGAUGUCAUCUGUGCCAUUUAAUUGUGUGCCUGCAGGCAAAACAAGCCUUUUGAGAAGGGAUUACUCCUUUCCUUUCUUCAUAUCUCCCUUAACAAAACGGACUUUAGUCUAAGCAGCUGGGGCUGAAGUUCAACCUCUGAUAGAGGCCCAGGUGUAAGCAUCAACCAACGUUGUGAAUCAGAUUUGAAUUUCCCAGUCAGCAAUCCAGUACUCUAUUGGUCUAACUCUUGACUUUUUCAGUAGACUUCUCCAUUGUGAACCUUGUUCUUUUCUUAAGGACCUAAUAUGAAUGUCAGUUUCUUGAUUUCAUCAUAACCUGUUUUGAAGAUGUAUAUGGUUGGAAAGUGAAUUCAUGCAGUAAAGAUUAGAUUCACCCUUAUGCUGCUUGCACAAAACUACUCAUCCUGCUUGAUCAUGGGCAAUGCGUUUUCAGUUCAGAACUGCAUGAAUAUAAAUCUAAUUGAAAUAAUUGUCAGUGCAAAUAUUGGUCUCCAUUGCUCUUCCUUGUUGAUAGCAUUUAGGAUGGUUAGGUAAGGUGUGGAACUGUUACCACUGCAUUUAAGUGGGGAGGGGUGAACUGUUUUAGCUUCCAUAAUUUUGCCAGCUUCUAAUAAGCAUGUAUCCGCAAUGUAACAUUUGCACAUGCUCCUGACCUCUGAAAAUUUGCUCAGUUGGUAUUUUGUCUCUGGAUUAGACCUAUUUUGCCAGUAAAUCAAAGGAAAGCAGAGCACAGCACUGGUGCAGGAAUGAAGGUGAUUUCUGCUGGGAUAUACUGAGAAGUCAACUGUAAAUGUACUUUAUUUUAACAUUUAAUACAGAUAUUAAACAAUUCUGGAAAAACUUUUGUAUUUACAAAGGUGACAUUUAGGAUGGUGUCAUAAAACAUUUAAUAUUAUGA